AUUAUAUCAACAGUAGCAAUAACAGUAGCAAUAGCAAUAGUAAUAGCAAUAGUAAUAGCAGUAACAAACAAGGAAACACUUAUAGAAAUCUCUCUUUUAUUAUAUUAUGUCGAAUUGUUAACGACGUGUAUAUCAAUCGCAUACACAUGCGAGAUUGCAAGUGGGAAUCAAAGAAGUGCAUUUCAGGGACUUCCUCUUGUCGUUCUCGUUCCACUCUCCGCGUUAAAGCUCAAACGUUAAAGCCGACGCGACUCUUCGUAAAGAGAUAGAUACUUAUUCUACACGCAUAUUAAAAAGCAACAGAUCGUAUCUAAGAUGUAUGAUGUUUCCAUUAAACGGAGAAAAAGAAAAAGGAAGAUGAAAAGAAAAUCAUAUAAUUAAAAUAAUAAAUAAAUAAAAAAUGACAAUAUAUAAUAUUAACGAUGAAUGGUUCUCUCGACGUUUAUAACGAAGAUAAUAAUAAAGUUUGACCUUGGUCAGAAAGGAAGGUCGUGCUCCUCCCCCGAUGACGAUACUGGCGAAGGGGUGGUAAAAGGGGUGGUAAAAGGGGUGGUAAAGUAGCGGUACAGGGCGGUUUAGUCACUCCCACCUGCGCAGGACCACGUGGUCUGAACAGUUGCUUCUAUAUUUUCUCUCUCUCUCUCUAUCCCUCUCUCUAUUUCUCUCUUCCUCUUUCUCUCGAUUGCUACUAUUAUACUCUAGUUCUACUACUAUGUAUAUCGCGUAGUUAUAGUCACAUAUACAAACAUACAACAUGUACACGUAUAUCCAGAGAGAAGAGAGAGAGAUAGAGAGAGAGAGAGAGAGAGAGAGAGAGAGAGAGAGAGAGAGAGAGAGAGAGAGAGAGAGUGAGAGAGAAAGAGAAAGAGAGAGAGAGGUGUAUCGGUAGCAGUUGGUACUCGCUUUACCACCACUCGUGUGGAGGCGCUUCCACCACCACCACCAGUAGUGGAGGAGGAAGGUGUUUCUCACAGUGCCUAACGGGCGCCUCUCCAAGACGCGAGUGCUCGCGUAAGUUUGUUCGGCCGGCAGGUACCCCACAGAUAUAUGUGCAUAAUAUCCCCAGUGUUAAAAAUACCAAUAUCAAUACCGUUAUUAACAAUAAUCGAUAUAGAAACACAUUUAUCUUUUAAUCAACGGUAUUACAUUGUUCUUCGACGUUCGUCUAUUAUAUUUUUUUAUAUAUUUUUUAUAUACAUACACAUACACCUACACAAACGUAUACAUACAUACAUACAUACAUACAAAUACAUACAUAUAUCCAGAUACAUGUUAACGUGUUAACGAAAGAACAAGAAGGAAGAACUAAGAGAAGAAGGAAGAAAGAUAUUAAUAGUAAUAAUAACAGUAAUAAUUAAAAAAGAAAGGAAACGAAUAUUUGCAUUCUUGUAAUCGCGGACCUUGUUGUUAUCGUCGUUGCAAUCACGCGAGGAACAAGAAAGGACAAUUCCUUCGAAGGACGUGGAACGUCGCUCGGCUGGAGGGAAGGCCAAGGAGGCCUCCUCCUCGACGAUGUCGUCGUUUCCUCCUCAACGAGCACGCGUAUGUACGACGUCUCGCUCUUCCUUGACGAGGAUGAAUUACCGCUGGACAGUGGUGAUAUCAUUGAAAAUGAGACGGUGAUUGGCGAUGGCAGUUGUAUAAGUAUUUAUCAUCGUCGUCAACGUUCUCAAUGUCAUUGUCGGCAACAACGAGAACGACGACACCGACGACAACAACAACAACACCAAGAACGAGAAGAAAAACGAGGUCAACGUCUUCGUCGUUCGCAAGAGGAAGAAGAGGACGAGAAAGAAGAGGAAGAGGAAGAAGGAAAAGAGGAAGAAGAGCAAGAGGAAAAGAAGGAAAAAGGAAAGGAAGAAAGUGGUAUAGACUUAGAAGAUAUCCUACAAUUUCCUGGACCAAUGGGACAAGAGAUGAUGGCCGAAGAGAUGGCUCAAGGUUAUACGCAACUCAUUCAUCAGGUUCAGGAAUCCCAGGAGUUUAUUUCCUUGGAAGAAUUUUGUCCUCGUAUUCAUCAAGAUACACGUGGCCAUGAUAUUUGCGGACAACAUUUUUAUCAUCAUCAUCAUCAUCAACAACAUCAACAACAACGAAGAUAUUAUAAUCUUUCGACUGUUCAAGAAAGUUCCUGUUCGACGGUCUAUUUCGGCGAGAUAGGCACGGGUUCGGGGGUGGGAGAUUUGACGGGCGUCUCGGCUGGGGGUGCCGACGAGCUUACCCCGACUCCAACCCCCGGCAACGGUAGCGGUAGUGGCAACAACGUCAUCACCCCCGGAACAUCGAACGGCACCAUCACAAGCACCACCACCACUACUAUCACUACUACUACCACGACUACUGCUGCUACAACCAAUACCACUAGCAUUAUUACCAGUACUAUUACCAGUACGCCUACAAGCAUCAUCGGCAACCCUACCAUUACCGAUACAACUACUUCCGACGUAGAUAACGUUGCUACAACAACCAAUACCAUCACCAACAAUAUCACCACCACCAGUAUCGCUGUAGUAGCUGCUGCUGCCGCCUCCUCCAACUCCUCCUCCUCUUCCUCUUCUUCCUCCUCCUGUUCUACCAACAACAAUAACACUACUAUCACAACUACCACCACCACCGCCACCAGUACCAUCACCGACACCACCCCGCAUAUUGCAACCGGGGCUGAACCGCCCCGGCACAUGGAGACACCCCCGACGAUGGUUCCAGACCAGGCACCCGCCCCCGGACAUCAUUAUCAUAAUCAUUAUCCUCAUCAUCAUCACCAUCACCAUCAUCAUCAUCACCAUCAACAACAACAGCAGCAACAGCAACAACAACAACAGCAUCAGCAUCAACAACAGCAGCAGCAACAACAACAACAACAGCAUCAUCAUCAUCAUCAUCAUCAUCGUGGAUCAUCCAAUAAUACACCGACUCGUAAUGUUUCUAAUCACUAUCAACCUGGCAGCACCGACAAUUCCGAAGAUUUUGUUCCAAUUUCGAAGAAAAGGAAAUUGUCUUGUCACGAUGGAAGCGACUUAUUGGAUGAUAUCGGUGAUGAUGCUAAAUCUGUACGCACAAACGACGAUAGUAAAAAGCAGAAUCACAGCGAAAUAGAAAAACGAAGGAGAGAUAAGAUGAACACGUACAUCACGGAACUCUCAGCAAUGGUGCCGAUGUGUCACGCGAUGUCCAGGAAACUAGACAAGUUGACUGUUCUACGAAUGGCUGUUCAACAUUUAAAAACUAUACUGGGAGCUGUUACCUCAUAUACGGAGGGUCAUUACAAGCCGGCCUUUCUCAGCGAUCAAGAACUCAAAACCCUCAUACUUCAAGCCGCGGAAGGCUUCGUCUUCGUCGUGGGUUGCGAUCGUGGAAGAAUUCUCUACGUAUCCGAGUCGGUAUCACAAACUCUCAAUUACUCUCAGGGCGAUCUUUUGGGUCAGAGUUGGUUCGACAUACUUCAUCCGAAGGACGUAGCAAAAGUAAAGGAGCAAUUAUCCUCGUCGGAUCUAAGUCCGCGAGAACGACUGAUCGAUGCUAAAACUAUGCUACCAGUGAAAACUGACGUUCCUCAAGGAGUGUCCCGACUUUGUCCUGGUGCAAGAAGAUCUUUCUUUUGUCGAAUGAAACGUAAGGUCGAAGGAGUCAGAUGUGGCGAAUUACAAGUCAAAGAGGAAGCUGAUACAACUACUGGCUGUCACAGACGAAAAAAACAACAAAAUGUUGAUUGGAAAUACUGCGUGAUCCAAUGUACCGGAUAUCUGAAGUCUUGGGCACCAGCGAAGAUCGGUUUGGAAGAACAAGAGGGAGAAGCCGAUGGUGAAGCUUGCAAUUUGUCGUGUUUGGUCGCAGUCGGUCGAAUUCAAACUGCACUUCCAACGUCGUCAACCUCGCCGAGAAGACCACGUCUUCGAACUAUAGAGUUCAUCUCGAGACACGCAAUGGACGGGAAAUUCUUGUUCGUGGAUCAAAGAGCCACACUGGUACUUGGUUUUCUUCCUCAGGAACUUUUGGGUACUAGUAUGUAUGAAUAUUAUCAUCACGAUGAUAUACCACACCUCGCAGAAUCACACAAAGCUGCAUUGCAAUCUUCUGAACGUGUUACAACCCAAGUAUAUAGGUUUAGAAAUAAGGGUUCGAAUUUUGUCAGGCUACAGUCUGAAUGGAAAUCCUUCAAGAAUCCAUGGACCAAAGAUAUCGAAUAUUUGAUAGCCAAGAACUCGACCGUCUAUUGUGACAUUCGACAAACUGGAAAUAGUACGAAUAAAUCCGAAAAUUCUAGUGUACAUGAGAAUUAUGAAUACUUCGCUCAAAGUAAUGGCGGUUUGGAAAGACUUAUCUCGAGUCACGUAGAGGUCAGUAAAAUUGGACGUCAAAUAGCAGAGAAUGUUUUGGAUCUUCAAAGACGCGGUGAAGAUUCAUCAUCAGGAAGUAGUCCAGGUCCGGUUGUGGAAUCUGCAUUGUUGAAUACCGAGGGAUCAUCUUUCCGACCUAAGUCGCAGAUUACGACCACGGCUUCGCCAGAAAGAAUUCACGAGGUCUCGCAAGUAGGAAUAAGUGCUGAUAACAGCAGUAGCAACCCAACGUCCACGUACAACCAUGUAGCCAACAACGUUCAACUCAACAGCAUCGCGAACGACCAAGGACCGUUACCAGACGAGGAUAUGAUGGAAAUGAUCGGUGGGACUGUUAUUAAUGAGUCCCCAAAUCCUGUGCCCUCCGAUGGAAAUGAUGAGGCAGCAAUGGCUGUGAUCAUGAGUCUUCUGGAAGCUGAUGCUGGCUUGGGUGGCCCUGUUGAUUUCACCGGAUUACCUUGGCCAUUACCAUAGUGUGGAUUGCAUUAGUGGUUUCACACAUUAAGUACAUUAAAAUUUGAACAUAUUUAUAUAUAAGAAUCAUUAGUGAAAAAGUGUACUAUAAUUCCCUUCCGAUACUUUGACAAAAACAUUUUUUAAACACACACACACACACACACACAUAUAUAAAUUUUUUAACGAAUCUUUCAAGUAUUCCGAUUAAAUGGUACACUGGUGUUAAGAAAAACUUGAAAGCACUUAUUCUUAAAAUACAAAAUGUGCAGAGUUAUACUGGUGCUAAAGUGGUGCUGCGUGGAACGUAAAUCAGUGGAUUCUAUGUGACAUCGCUCAAGGUGUGUCACUAUCGACAAUUCAUUUUCCACGUGUUAUGAAUAUUUCUUAGCAUUUAUUGUUAUACAACAACAACAAAAGAAAUGCGAUAACACGAUAGAAUAUUUUGACAUUUUAUGUGCUUAAAACAAGUAAAAUCUACAUAGAAAGAAAAGUAUCAUUUUGUGUGUAUGACAAUAUUUUAUGUUUGCCAAAUUUAGUUUUUGAAAUAAUUUAUAUAACACUGAUAUGACAUCCUCAAAAACAUACUAUGAGGGAUAGUGUUGGUGAUGAUUAAAAAAAAAAAAAAAAAAGAAAAAACAAACAAACAAACAAACAAAAAAAUUUGUCAGUGUUUUUCAAUUUUGCUAAGAAUAAUAACGUUAUAUUUGUAAAUAAUAUAAAAGGAUCUGUAAUCUAUUGUAUCGUGAUGCUAAGUGUACCUAAUUAAUAUUUAAGGAUUUCAGCAUUGACUUGAAGAUGUCUUUUACUGUCAUGGAGACAACUAUGGUGUUUAGAGUAUCACGGAUGUUAAUGUUGUGCAACGUAUGGAUUCUUAAUGAUGAACUCCUACAAACUAAUGUUAAUUUUUCAAUAUGUGUUAUGUAAGUAUUUGUAAUUGAUGUGAUUACAUGAUCGAAAAUCAUCCAGUUUGAAAUAUUCGACAAUUUUGAACAUAUCCAUUUUGUGUUAGACACAUAAUUUCAUUUUACAAAUAAUACUCUCGUACAUUACGAAUAAUUUAUAUUUCAUUAAUUUCAAUGAAAUAUGAAAUAUUAAAAUGUAUCUUACUCUUCGAUGGAUUAUAUUUUUGCAUGUGAUUAAUUUAUUAUUUUUAUUAUUAUUUUCUUUUUUUUUAUAUAAAUAAUCAUAAUCAAGAUACUCCUUGAAAAUUUAAUAAAAAGUAAACAGAGAACUUUCAAGUCUGAUUUGAAGGAUAAAAAUUAUAUACUGUAAUACGAUUAUUGUAUUAUUGAAUACUCUCAUUGUACUAAUUUAAUUUAUUCUCUCUUACAUGGUAAUUAAAUUUAUAAUAUACGUCGAAGAGUGAGGAUGAAGGCUGUGAAAACUGAUUCUUUUGCUCUGUAAAAAUGCUUUAUGUGCAAGUAAAUAUUUGUAAGUUUAAGAGUUAUUAGAUUAAAAAAAAAAAAAAGGACAAAGUAAAAAAAAAGAAAAAAAAUUAGAAGAAACUAUUUAAGAUAAAAAAUCCAGUAUACGACAGUUUGCUUAUCUACAAUUAAAAUUAUCCUAUCCCUUUGACAUUAAUAUCUCAUAAAGAUAAUUUAUCUUAAGUCUUUAAUACAAACUCAAAUAGAGAGAGAGAGAGAGAGAGAGAGAGAGAGAGAGAGAGAGAGAAGAAAAUAGAG